AUGUGUAAGUAUUGCGAUGCAGGCGACCUGAAACCGUACUAUGUCACAACGCCCAUUUUCUACCCAAACUCAGUCCCACAUAUAGGCCAUCUACAUUCGCUGGUCAUCGCGGAUAUCUUGGCUCGAUAUAGUCAUCUGAAUUGUCCAGAAAGGCCUGUUCAUUUCAUGACCGGAACCGACGAGCAUGGCCUCAAGAUACAAAAGGCCGCGCAGACAAAAGGCAUGGAACCCCGCGCAUUCUGUGACGAACUGAGCGAGCAUUUUCGCAAUCUGGUGAGGAAGGCAGAUGUGAGCGCGACUCGCUUUUCGCGGACGUCGUCCAAAGAACACUGUGACGCUGUGCAGCAUUUGUGGCGCCAACUAGAAGCGAAGGGUCUCAUCUAUAAGGGUCGCCAUUCUGGCUGGUACUCUGUUUCCGACGAAUGUUUCUACCCUGACCUGCAGGUUACGAAGCGAUCAGAACCGAACGGAGAGGAAUACCAUGUCUCAACGGAGACAGGUUCGCGUGUGGAAUGGAUGGAGGAGGAGAACUACAAGUUUCGGCUAUCGACGUUGCAGCCUGCCCUUCGCUCCCACUUCGCCACUCACGAAGACGCGAUCUACCCGCCUCAACACCAUGUAGAUAUACUGUCUGCGUUGUCCGAAGACAAUGUCCUGGAGGAUCUGUCAGUGUCGCGGCCACGUUCACGGCUCACAUGGGGUGUACCAGUCCCUGGAGAUGACAAUCACACGAUCUACGUAUGGAUUGAUGCACUCACAGUAUACUUGUCUUCUAUCGGGUAUCCAUGGACUGCAAAUGGUGGAGAUGGCUCCGGUAGUGGAUGGCCGCCAAACCUUCAGAUCAUAGGGAAGGACAUCCUUCGCUUUCAUGCCAUCUAUUUCCCGGCGAUGCUUGCUGCUUUAGGGCUGCCUUUCACUGAACGACUGCUGGUUCAUGCGCAUUGGACCGUCAACGGAUUCAAGAUGUCGAAAUCUAUCGGUAACGUUGCGGAUCCCAUCACAGCUAUAGAUGAAUUUGGGAUCGAUGUGGUGCGGUGGUAUCUGGCGCGAAUAGGAGGAUACUUUAGGGAUGACGUCGAUUGGUCGCGUGAACAGCUCAUAAAACACGGAAAGGAGGUCGCAUCGUUGUUAGGAAACCUCUAUUCUCGAAUCGCAUCUCCUAAAAUACGUGCGCUCGUGGAAACUCAUGAACGUCCCUCGCUCUUAGACAUGAACGAAGCUGGAGUACAAUCAUUCCUGGAGCAGCUGAGACGAUUACCGGCGCUCUAUCACGAUCGCAUGCAGGCGUUGCAGAUUGCGGAUGCGCUCAAUCACCUCGUCGCCAUGCUGGAAGAGGCGAAUCUACUUAUGACAAAGGCAAAGCCCUGGGCUGUCACGCAGUCUACGCCGGCAGUGCGCGCGGUGUACUGGUCCCUACUGGAGUGUCUUCGGACAUGUGGGAUCCUACUCCAACCGUUUAUACCCUCGAAGAGCGCGAAUCUACUGCAUUACUUGGGGGUCCCGCCGGAACAGCGGAGUGCUGAGUGGGCGAGCAUUGACGCGAAGGGACAUAUCGGUACACCAGUGUCGGGUGUCGUACUUUUUCCAAUGCCGGGCAUAAAGAGCAAACCGUCGCAUGCGAAGGACAAAUCAGGGAGCGUAUGA